AUGGCGCAAAUAGAGGAGGAACAUAAAAUUAUUUAUUUAGAAAUUAAAUAUACAUCAGAAAUUCAAAAAAUGUACCUAUUGAUUUAAAUGGAACAGUACUUAAAUUUUAAGAAACUCUUAAAGAACUUUUAAAUGUUCCUAUUGAAAAAUAAAAGAUUAUGA